AUGAAUCGCAUAGCAGCAUUCUUUGCACACGGGAAACGGAGGUUUUCUAGCGUAAAGGUGGAUAACGGCACCUUGGAGAAUUAUCACUCGUUCAAUCCUCUUGUUAGAGGUACAAUCCAGCAACUGGAUUCAAUUGCACCCAGAUUUGCACUGAAGAAAGGUGAUAUUGAAAUUUUAAAUCAUCCAGUGACAUUCUAUGAAACAUUAAAGGAGAAGAUAUUGAAAGCAGAGAAGAGAAUUUUCCUCUCGUCUCUGUACAUUGGUAAGCAUGAAGAUGAACUCGUUAAAGUGUUAGAUGAUGCAUUAGUGAAGAAUCCAAACAUUAAGUUAGAUAUAUUAGUGGAUGCACUAAGGUCGACCAGAGAGGCACCGCACAGUGACUCUACUGCGUCUCUUAUUGCUCCAUUGGUGGAGAAACAUGGGAAGCAUCGUGUCAAUAUUCGGCUGUAUCAUACACCACAUUUACAUGGAUGGAGAGAGUCAAUUACACCAAAAAGACUUAAUGAAAUUUAUGGAUUACAACACAUGAAAAUAUACGGUGUAGAUGAUGAAGUCAUACUUUCUGGAGCCAAUUUAUCGAGGGACUAUUUUACAAAUAGACAGGAUAGGUACUAUUUAUUCAAAUCUAAAGACUUGAGUAAUUAUUAUCAUGGUAUCCAAACAGCCGUCUCGUCAUUAUCAUACCAAUUGAUCACAAGUAGUAGAGGAUUCUUCCUGGAUUGGCCAACUGAUAACAAUGCAUCAGAGCCACACUUGAAUGUUGAGAGAUUUCUCAGUGACUCCACACGUGUCCUGGUUCCUGUGUUAAGAACAAAGAAGGUCGAGACCACGACAACUAACGAAGAUCCAGACACUUUAGUUUACCCUGUUUCUUCAUUUGCACCACUAUUUAAAGAUGACAAGUCUACGGAACUCCCUUGCGUUUUGAGGAUGCUCUCAUUACUUGAUCACAAGGGCGCCAAAUUAACAAUGACAGCUGGAUACUUCAAUAUCCACCCUAAGAUUAAAGAGAGAAUCUUACGGGGACAAGCAUGCAGUGAAAUAAUCACGGCAUCUCCAGAAGCCAAUUCAUUCUAUUUGUCAAAAGGUAUUAGUGGAUUGUUGCCAGAUGCUUAUGUUUAUAGCUGUGAGAAGUUUAUGAAUGAAGCCAACUCAAGUGCAGUCAAAGUUCUUGAAUGGCAAAACGGUGUUGUUAACACACCAAACGGAUGGUCCUAUCAUGCCAAGGGACUAUGGGUCACACCGCCAGGAGAAGAUACACCUGCCAUGACAGUUAUUGGAAGCUCUAACUACACCAGACGUGCAUAUUCUCAUGACUUGGAAUGCAACGCCUUGAUUAUCACUAAGGAUGACACCCUGAGACAACAAAUGAAAGACGAAGUUGAUAAUCUGAAGAAACACACCUCAGAGUUGACUAUGGAUGAUUUUAAGGAGCGUAGAAGAGUCAGUCCUUUUACUAAAGUCGUUGCUAAUAUUGUCAGCCCAUUACUUUAA